AUGUCCGGAUCACUAUAUCGAAGUCCGUCAACUGCGCUUUACAAAAGUCCAUCAAUGAGCGCAUUUGGUGGACCGGCACCUUUUGGCAGCAUGUCAGUUGCCGAUUUGGGCAGUUUAACUCGCCUUGAGGACAAGAUCCGCUUAUUACAAGAAGAUCUCGAAUCCGAACGUGAGCUUCGAAACAGAGUGAGUCAAAAUUUUACUUCGCUCAAAAUUCGGAACAUAUGUUUUGAUUUUUUGAAGACAAUCGAUACUCCUAAACAUACUAUACAUAUUUAUUAUUUAAUCACCGUCUUUUUACCUGCCAUCAGUGCCGUAGUUGGCAGCUUCUACCAACACGGUGGUUAA